AUGGCUGGCAUCUAUCCUUUCUUUCAUCCUCUUGAAUCUUCAGAAGGAAGUGUCGUUCAGCUAGAAGGUAAAGAUAUUAUUAUGCUUGGCUCCAAUAACUAUCUAGGGCUUACACACCAUCCUAAAGUCCUAGCUGCUGCCAAGCAAGCUAUUAAUGACUUCGGUACUAGCUGUACAGGGUCACGUUUCUUAAAUGGUAACCUCAAACUUCAUCUAAAAUUAGAAGAAAAUCUAGCUAAUUUCUUCGGCUAUGAACAAGCACUCGUAUUUAGUGCAGCCUUUCUCGCCAAUAUAGGUGUUUUGGACACCCUUGGAAAACAUCAAGAUGCUAUUAUUUUUUCUGAAAAAGAAAAUCAUGCAAGCCUAAUUGAUGGCGCCCGUCUAGCACCUUGCGAAGUCCGCCUUUUCGAAGAUCCUGACGAUUUAGAAAAACAGCUCAGCAAACAAGAAAAUUGGUCAAAUGCUCUCGUCGUCAUUGAUGCCGUCUUUUCGAUGACUGGCCGUAUCGCCAAGCUAAAAGAAUUUGCGGCUUUACGGCGACAAUACGGUUUUCGGCUAUACGUUGACGAUGCCCAUGGCAUUGGCGUAUUUGGACCUCAAGGUAGGGGAACUAUCUUUGAACAAGGCGUUCAACAAGAUGUCGACUUACUCUUUGGCACAUUUAGUAAAGCAUUAGCUAGUGUCGGUGGAUUUGUUGCUGGUGAAAAAAUGGUUAUUGAUUAUUUACGACAUAAAACACGUUCACUCAUUUUUACAGCAGGCCUACCUCCAGCAUCUGCAGCCGCUGCCCUUGCAGCUUUACAAGUUAUGCAAAAAGAAGCGGACGAAAUUUUACCAAAAAUUCGAGAGAAUGCCCGUUACUGGAAGCAGGGACUAGACGAAAUUGGCUACUAUACUAUGGAUUCUGUUAGUCAAAUCAUACCAACAAUGAUUGGCUCUGAAUCCCUAGCAUUUCGUAUCGCUCGAGAUCUACUAGAUAUGGGUGUCUUUGCUAUUCCAGUCCCUUACCCCGUGGUUCCUUGUGGACAAUCACUGAUUCGUACCAGCGUUAUGCCAACCCACACAAAAGAACAUUUAGACAAAGCUUUAGAUGCUUUCUCAAUAAUCUAUAAACGCUAUAGCAUCCCUAAAUUUGACCCUGACAAUUUACCAGUCGCAGAUAAAGAAGAUUGGUCCUAUUUUAUGCCACAAAAGACCAAUUAA